CAAGGGCGUGUUUCAUUUUUCGAAAAGAUGUUAAAUAUUUUAAUAAAAUACUUGGCAAAUUUUGUCAACAUUCAUUUGAAUUUACAGUUUUAAUAUCCGCGUUUGUACGACAAAUAUGAAUAGAUUUAGAAAGGACGAAGUGGAAAUUACUUCUCAACUAUAAGAAAUGUCUCGGAAAUCGCUGUCUAAAACAGGCCGAUCAAAAUCGGCUGCGUUUCUGGAGGCUUUGGGAAAUAAUGGACACUCUUUCUCGAAGAAGACUUAUCACAGGCCAACAUACUGUCACCACUGUACUGAUCUUUUGUGGGGGUUUACAAACCAAGGACUUCAAUGUUCAGUGUGUAAUUUUGUGAGUCAUGAAAAAUGUUUGUUCCUAAUUACAAUGCCAUGUAAUUAUCUUGCCAACACAGAUAUAAAGCAUCCUGUGGCUCACAGCUGGUGUCCAUUAACUUCACUCAGACGAAAAUUUUGUAAUGUUUGUCGAAAGUUAUUGAAUGAUUCCUCUGACUACAGUUGUGAAGUUUGUGAAUAUUAUGUGCAUAAAAGUUGUAAAGAUUCAGCUGUAAACAAUUGUAAAAGAAAUGCAACAUACAAUCUGAAACAAACAAAGGGGGAAAAUAAACAUCAUUGGCAAGAAGGAAAUCUUCCUUCAGGAUCGAAAUGUUUUUUGUGUAAAAAGUCUUGUAGUAGCUCAGAAUGUUUGGCCAGUGUUAGAUGCAAGUGGUGUUCAAAAACAGCCCACUCAGGAUGUUAUGUUGAAAUAAAUAAGCAUUGUGACUUUGGUAAAUUCAGUCAUCUGAUAUUGCCUCCAUAUGCUGUAUCUCUUGCAAAUAUUGCUUUAUGGAGAAGAAUGUCGAGUGAACAUUGCAAGAAUUUUGGAAAAACACACAACCCAAAUGAUUGUUCUGGUGAUAUUUUACUGAGUGAACAUAUUGAUUCUGACGAUGAGUCUUUGGUUGACUCUCCUUCAGAUUCAGUUCACAGUUCUGAUGCAACAAACUCUAUCAAAGUUUAUGAUGGUAAAAUUGACAGUCCUCGGAUGUUUAAAGUCGUUCAUGCGUCAAGAACUUCAAAAGCCUCACAAGUCUUGGAAGAAGCAUUGAGACUUUAUCAAAUCACUGAUGAUCCAGACAACUAUUAUCUUAUAAAGACACUAGAUCAAUUUAGUGAAAGAGCACUUGAUUCAGAUGAGAUGCCUCUUCAGUUUCCCCAUCGUAAUAAAGAAGCGAUGAUCUUUUUAAGAAUAAAAAAUGCAGAUAAGAGUGGCAAUAUUCGCGUUUACCUGGCCAUGGAUAGGGAGGGAUCGUCUUUUAAGACGUUUAAAGUUCAGUCUACAACAACUGUUGAAGAAGUCGUCAAGAAUGCGAUAACUAAAUUUUCUUUGGAGAACAAAAACCCUGAAGAUUUUUCACUCAUCAUUACACAUUUAUACGAUGGAGUAAAUGAACGAGUGAUGGAAGAAGAUGAAUGCCCUUGGAAAAUUUUAACGGAGAUGAAAAGGAGAUCAAUUCGUGAAAUGAAGUUCACUCGAUUCUACUUACGACCAGCAUACGAGCCUUCAAGCAGUGUUGUAUUGUGUGUCAGUAAUCUUCCAAUGAUGUUAAGACCAGACACGUACCCAAGCUUUCUCAAGGAGCAUUUGCAACAUGGUGAUUUCACGAUAGAAGCUUUAUAUCCAAGUUCUGGUACAGCGUUUUUAUCUUUCACCUCAACAGACAUGGCAUCCAGAGCUAUGAAUGAGCUUCAGACUGCAACAUUGAGCGGCAAAAGUUUAUUUGUGAAGCUCCUUCCUGAUAUUCACGUUGACGCACUGGGCGACAAAAGCAAGCCAUUGUUGGUGUUGGUUAAUGUUCGUAGUGGUGGUGGCCAAGGAAACGAAUUGCUAUUCGAUUUUCAAAAAUUGCUGAAUCCUCAUCAAGUCUAUUCAUUAUCUGAGGGUGGCCCUUUACCUGGUUUGUAUGCAUUUCGUCAUCUGGAGUCAUUUCGUAUUGUUGCUUGUGGUGGUGAUGGUACUGUUGGUUGGGUCUUGUCAUCCCUUGAUGAAUGUUGCAAAGACUUGAAAUGUCGUGAUCCUCCAGUAUCUAUUGUUCCACUUGGAACUGGAAAUGAUUUAUCUCGUGUGUUACGCUGGGGUGCUGGUUACACUGGAAAUGAAGAUACUUCAUCAAUUCUUAUGACAAUCGAUCAAGCUGACAUCACUUGUUUGGAUAGAUGGUUGAUAAUUUUCGAGUCAUCCGAUACGUCAGAGGAACCAUCAACAUCUGGUGAAGACUUGCCAAACAGUUUCGUUAUGAAUAAUUAUUUUGGAAUUGGUUGCGACGCUGCCGUAUCUUUGGAUUUUCAUCUUGCAAGAGAGGAGUCUCCAGAGAAAUUCACCAGCAGGUUGCACAAUAAAAGUGUUUAUUUUCGGGUUGGUUUGCGGAAUAUGGUGAGGAAAUCUUUGGACUUUAAUGAUAAUGUAUCAUUGCAGAUUGAUGAUAACGAUGUUGACCUGCCAACCAUUGAAGGAAUCAUUCUUCUCAAUAUUCCCAGCUGGGCAGGAGGUUGUGACAUCUGGGGACAACACAAUGAUGAUAAAUUUUCUACCUCGUCACCAUGUGACAAUUUACUGGAGGUCAUAGGAAUAACUGGAGUGAUGCAUAUGGGUCAAAUAAAGAGCGGCAUUAGAAGUGGCAUAAGACUUGGUCAAGGAUCAAAAAUAAAUCUAAAACUGAAGUCAGAAUUUCCUGUUCAUGUUGAUGGUGAGCCUUGGUUCCAACCUCCAGGAAAUAUUGUCAUACGACCAACACUUCGUCAGGCUAAAAUGUUGCAGAGACAUUCAAAAUCGAGAUCCAUUAAAACAAACGAGCCAGGCAAAGCCCUUGUGAGUAGCACAUUCUAUAGUUUUGAUGAGAGCGGGAAUCUAGAAGAUAGUUUUAGAGAAAAACAUGAUAGCUUGUGAAGUAUUUAUUAGUUUGUACAUGUUAAUUAACUAGAGCAUGACAUGUUCAUGGAUAAAGUCAAGAUAUUAUAGAUGUGAUCAGGGAACACUAUUGUGUAUUGCUAUAUGCUGUAACUUGUACAUGGAAUUUCAACAUAGUUUUCUCAAGAGAUGAUUAACUCCAAAGUUUAAGAUAUUUGAUUUUGUACAAAAACUUCAAACAGUUGAAUAGCAAUGUGUUGCACACAUAGACAUAGAGGGAUAUGACUAAACUGUUCUAAAGAAAAUGAUAACACUCGUGACACAAUAAAAUAUGUACAA